AUGCGACCGGCGCAUGCAGGAGACACCGUCAACUGGGACGUGAUGUGGUGGACGGAGAGGCACCCCUUCGUGUGGCAGGACCAGGCCGACUCCCUCAAGUCAUUGGCCCAGGAUGAUCCCCAAAGAUACUGCGAGCUCACCGAGAAGUGGCUGCCCAGGAUCCAACGUGAGCCACGAAGGUUUUCAUUUACCCACCCUGAGCUAGAUUUCAUGGGCACGAUCGACUGGACGAAUCCCGACGACCCCGACUGGUGAGCAGAAUGACCCAGCCCACGCCUGAAACGAAGUGCACACAAACAAAUGCAGGACGCCUGCGCGUGACGAGGAGGGCCACCUGUACGAUGAGGAUGAUGACGAGCCAGGAGAGGACAUGAUGGAUGAGGGCUGACCGGAUAAGGCCCGACAGAUGGAUGGAUGCCAUUGGAUGGAUGGAUGGAUGGCUGUCUGGAUGGCUGGCGGUCGAUCGGCGACGGCUGUCUCUCUGUUCGCUUCUUGCAUGCCAUGUGGUGUGGGUGGGGUGGCUGUGUGAGAAGCAGGGGAGGGGGACGGCCUGGCUCAGUUUGUUCGUUCCUUUUG